GUGCUCCGCUCGUUGAGGCUUUCCCACCACCACACGGUGGAGGACCACCGGCGGUACAUGUGCAGCCGACGCAGCCGGGAAGAGUCCCCUGGCCGGUGGGGCGAGGCCGCCAGAGGGCGCCCCGAGGUGCGCACCUGCACGCGCUGCUGGGAUGAGGAUGACUCCAACGCAAUCGUCGUGGCCGUGAACGAGGUGCACCUGCGGCACAAGUUGUCCGGGUUUCUGUGA